AUGUCCACAAAAUCCAGUGUUUUGUCCAAUGUUGUAACCAUAUUACCAUCAUCUUUAUUAAAUAUAGUAUAUGUUCCGCACCUACCAUAUGUGGACGAGUCGCAAAUCCAUUACAAAGAAGAGAACCUGCUGGGUGAAGGUGCAUUUGGAAGAGUGUAUAGAGGCUACUUUCAGGGCACCCCUGCUGCCAUUAAAAAGAUUCUCUAUGGCACCGCAGGACUUCCAGACCAAGACAUCCAGCACGAGAUUCUGGUCUCACUCCGACUGAGCCAUCCCAAUAUUGUUCGACUCAUGGCUGCAGCCCGCACUGACAACGCCUUCCUGCUGGCCAAUGAGUAUAUACACGGCACAACCCUGGAGGAUGCACUACACAAUGACCAUUCUUGUGUUAAGCUUGAAGGAGAUGACAGUUAUUUUGUUGCCCUCGACAUCUCGAUGGCCAUUGAGUACAUCCAUUCAAAAAAUGUCAUCCAUCAAGAUUUAAAGCCAGCCAAUGUUUUGAUCGACCAUUUCUAAAAAAAGGCUGUACUGACAGACUGGGGCCUUGCCAACAUCAGAGACACGGUUGUACUACAACAAGGAAGCAGACUUACUGGAGGAGGAAUAGGGCCAAUGGGUGGAACCUUUCUUUAUAUGGCCCCAGAGUGUCUAGCUGAAUUUGAACAGGCUUCCAGUAGUUCUGACAUCUGGUCUCUGGGAGCAACAUACCUGUAGAUUUUCACAAAAUCAGUGACAUGGACAGUGAAAAACCAAAGAGAGUUGUGCAGUCUAAUGGCCAAAAAGGUGCCACCACAAGCUUUACAACAUCUGAGAGACAAGUACCAGUUUAUUGGUACAAUGUUACACUAUGAUGCAGCAUCAAGACCUGAAGCUUCCUCUGUGGUGCUCUACCUAAAAACAGUGGAGGGGCCAGAUUUAAAGAGCCGUCAUGGUUAUGAAUGGUAAAUGUUACGGAUUAUCACAUGGACAGUGUAACAUUUCUUGUCAUUUUCAGUUUGUAGUACAAAUACCAAUGUUGGUAAAAUGUUAACAUUAUAAUCACAGCCCUUCUCUCUGUCUAACACUGCUGGUAUGUUUUAUUAUUUGUUUCAAUGUAUGUUCACAUCAUUAAACAUGUUUUGCAUCUUCAUUUGUAGCACUUUUUUAAUAAUUUGGUCCCUUUAUAUGGAUUUAUUUAGUUGGAUAAGCAGUUAAAAAGUCCCUGUCUCAUUGGCCAGCAGCUGGUAUAUUUCAUUUGCCUCUGCAAAUGUGGAUGGAAUGGGAAUGCCUCUUGUUUGAAGGACUGUGGUGAAUUUAUCCACCAACAUGAGGUAAGCCGCCAAAGACCCAUCUGGUGAUGAUGGAAAGUUUGUAUUUUGCAGAAU